GACGAGGAACCACAGUGAGGAAACAAACACCGGAAAUAGUGCUUCGUUGUUAUAUAUCGCGAGAACAACGCGGGAUUUGCGUGGUCGGGUUUCAUUCAUCACUCCGCGGUUAAGAGAUGGCCACCACUGAAGUACGGCUAAACCACACCAUCUACAUCAACAACUUAAAUGAGAAAAUAAAAAAAGAUGAGUUAAAGAAGUCUCUUUACGCCAUCUUUUCACAGUUUGGACAAAUUUUAGACAUUUUGGUCGCACGAAACAUAAAAAUGAAAGGUCAGGCCUUUGUUAUUUUCAAAGAGGUUAACAGUGCCUCCAAUGCUCUGAGAUCCAUGCAGGGCUUUCCUUUCUACGACAAACCCAUGCGUAUCCAGUAUGCUAAGCAGGACUCAGACAUCAUUGCUAAAAUGAAGGGGACUUAUGUGGAGCGUGACCGUAAAAAAGAGAAGAAGAAGAUUAAGGGACCAGAGUCGACUGGAGCUAAGAAGGGUGCAGCUGCGGCACCAAUGGUUGCUGGUGUUCCUGCUGCCAUGCCUGGUAUGCCUCCCAUGAGUCAGGCUCCUCGUAUGAUGCACAUGCCAGGACAGCCACCUUACAUGCCCCCACCUGGUAUGAUGCCUCCUCCAGGUAUGGCCCCUGGUCAGAUGCCCCCUGGUGCUAUGCCUCCUGGCCAGAUGAUGCCAGGACAGAUGCCUGGACAGAUGCCCCAGCAGGUUGCAGAAAAUCCACCCAAUCACAUCCUCUUCCUCACCAACCUGCCAGAGGAGACAAACGAGCUCAUGCUGUCCAUGCUCUUCAACCAGUUCCCUGGAUUCAAGGAAGUGCGUUUGGUUCCAGGACGUCACGACAUCGCCUUUGUGGAGUUUGAGAAUGAAGUGCAGGCAGGUGCUGCACGUGACGCCCUGCAAGGCUUUAAGAUCACACAAGCAAACGCCAUGAAGAUCUCAUUCGCGAAGAAAUAAAGAUCUCUCAGGACCAGUUUUUCUUUUAACAAACAUGGACACAAAUACAGGUUUCUCUACUGUAGACCAAAACUUCAACACAUUUUAGAUAAUGACUGUUGUUGCACAGUUGAAGUUUCCUCCAAGAUUACAUGUAAGUAUACACACUCUGCUUAAAGCUGCUUUGAUUCAUCCAAGAACUCUGUGUCCUUAUGAAAAAUGUUGAUUCUUUGGCUUUUUUUAUUUUUUAUUUUGUUACAAAUUUGUCAUAAAGCAUUGCACCCAGAGUCUGGUCUGCCAGACAUUGUACCUGGAGCUUUUUUACUGAAUUAAAAAUAUUCCUUUGUGA